AGACCAGAGACCACAGAGAGCACAGAGACCACAGAGACCACAGAGACCACAGAGACCAGAGACCACAGAGAGCAGGACCUCGUCAAGAGGACCUUCAGCACCGAGGAGAGGAGCAUGGAGCCAAAGAAGCGCGUGCAGGCCGUCCCUCUGCGGGGAGCCGGAGCCGUGGAGGCACAGGCCGCCCCCUCUGGAAAGGUGCGCCGGCCCAUCAACAUGAAUCACUACGUCACGAAGAAGACGGCGGCUCAGAGCAUGCUGGACAUCGCCCAGCUGAAGACGGUUCUGUACGUGGGGCCCGGGUACCGCUUCUACAUCGCCCUCAUCGUGCUGCAGGUGGCCGUGUUGCACCUCCUCUGACCUCCUCCUCUGCUGCACCUGUGUUACAUUCCUCUGACCCAGGAGUCUGUUAGGACAUCUCCUGGGAGGCUGAUAGACCACAUAGAGCUUCACAUCACUCCUCCUCCACAUAGAGCUUCACAUCACUCCUCCUCCACAUAGAGCUUCACAUCACUCCUCCUCCACAUAGAGCUUCACAUCACUCCUCCUCCAUAUAGAGCUUCACAUCACUCCUCCUCCACAUAGAGCUUCACAUCACUACUCCAUAUAGAGCUUCACAUCACUCCUCCAUAUAGAGCUCAUCUCCUUCCUCUAUCUCUAAGGCUCCUAGAGGAACCUCAUCUCCUUACUCUAUCUCUAAGGCUCCUAGAGGAACCUCAUCUCCUUACUCUAUCUCUAAGGCUCCUAGAGGAACCUCAUCUCCUUCCUCUAUCUCUAAGGCUCCUAGAGGAACCUCAUCUCCUUACUCUAUCUCUAAGGCUC